CAGGGGCCGGGAGCCCGCGCCGCGCAGCCGGGCAGCCGGGCGCGCCGGGGGUGGGUCCCUCUCCCCAGCCCGGCUCUGCGUGGAAGAAGAGGGCGGGGACCGGCGCGGGGAGGAGAGCGGAGGAGGAGAAGGGGGCAUGACUCGUGCAACUUGCGGCGGGCAUCUGCCGAGCCUCUGAGCCGGCGGCGGCCCGGGGCCCGGAUUGCGGCCGCGCCGAUCCCACCCAGCCCACCCCGCCCCGGCCGACGGCUGCGGCUGACCUGGAUCCUCGGAGCGCCCGCCGGCCGGCAGUGAUCCGCCUUCGUCUUCCGGGCUGGUUUCUGGAGCGCGAGGAGCGCUCUCCUCGCGGCCCCUCUCGCCGGACCCCCGGCCCCCGAUGGCUCGGAUGGGGCUUGCGGGCGCCGCUGGACGCUGGUGGGGACUCGCUCUCGGCUUAACUGCAUUCUUCCUUCCAGGCUCCCACACCCAGGUGGUCCAAGUGAACGACUCCAUGUAUGGUUUCAUUGGCACGGAUGUGGUGCUGCACUGCAGCUUCGCCAACCUGCUGCCCGGCGUGAAGAUCACCCAGGUCACGUGGCAGAAGUCCACCAAUGGCUCCAAGCAGAACGUGGCCCUCUACAACCCAGCCAUGGGCGUCUCCGUGCUGGCUCCCUACCGCGAGCGUGUGGAAUUCCUGCGGCCCUCCUUCACUGACGGCACCAUCCGCCUCUCCCGCCUGGAGCUGGAGGAUGAGGGUGUCUAUAUCUGCGAGUUUGCCACCUUCCCAGCUGGCAAUCGAGAGAGCCAGCUCAAUCUCACUGUGAUGGCCAAACCCACCAACUGGAUAGAGGGCACCCAAGCAGUGCUUCGAGCCAAGAAGGGGCAGGAAGACAAGGUCCUGGUGGCCACCUGCACCUCGGCCAAUGGGAAGCCUCCCAGUGUGGUAUCCUGGGAAACUCGGCUGAAGGGCGAGGCAGAGUACCAGGAGAUUCGGAACCCCAACGGCACGGUGACGGUCAUCAGCCGCUACCGCCUGGUGCCCAGCCGGGAGGCCCACCAGCAGUCCCUGGCCUGCAUCGUCAACUACCACAUGGACCGCUUCCGGGAAAGCCUCACCCUCAACGUGCAGUAUGAGCCCGAGGUGACCAUCAAGGGAUUUGAUGGGAACUGGUACCUGCAGCGGAUGGAUGUGAAGCUCACAUGCAAAGCUGAUGCUAACCCCCCAGCCACCGAGUACCGCUGGACCACGCUAAACGGCUCUCUCCCCAAGGGUGUGGAAGCCCAGAACAGAACCCUCUUCUUCCGGGGACCUAUCAACUAUAGCCUGGCAGGGACCUACAUCUGUGAGGCCACCAAUGCCAUUGGCACCCGCUCGGGCCAAGUGGAGGUCAACAUCACAGAAAAGCCCCUCCCCCAGGGGGGCCUAGGAAGUGCUGCCAGGUUCCUUGGGGGCAUCGUGGCCCUGGUCCUCAUCCUUGGUGUGGCUCUUGCAGUCUUCUUUCUGUAUCACCGGCAGCGGAAGAGCUGGCUGGCGAUGGACAGUGGCAGGACUGCCCUGUCCCCCUCUCAGAAGCUGGAGCCUCCUCCCAACAGGCAGAGCCACCUUGCACCUGAGCACAUCCAGAUUCUCCACCUGGAGCCAGGGACGCGGCAGCCACAGCAGGAAGAGGAGGAACUGCAGAAGCUGCCCCUGCAGACCCCCUACUAUGAUCUGGGGGCCUCCCCGUCCUACUGCCCCUCAGUAAGGAACCCCUGA